AUGCCACCCGAGAGAGCAGUCACCAAACGUCAAUACUCGGCCGUGGACGUCAAGUCGGACGCGGGUUCCUCAGCUUCAGAGGGCACCGCCCGCGCCGCUCCCAAGAGAAAGACAUCUACAACAAAGCCUACUGUUACCAAGAAGAGUCCGGCAGCCAAAGGUUCCACAGUCAAUAAACUGUACAAAGACAGCGUCAAGGCCAUCGAAGCCCACCUCAAAAUCCUUGAUGGCAAAGUCCGCAAGAUGAGCCCCAACAGCCGCGCAAUCUCGACAGAUACAUAUGCGCAGACAUCGCUCAAACACCUCAAGCCUGUCAAAGAGUUGGAGAAGAUGGAUGGAGGUCUGGUGGCUGCGUUCAACCUCGCAAUGUAUGUCGCCGAUGCUUCACAUACCGACUGCGAUACUACAUCCAAAAUGUCUGGAUACGGCGAUAGCGAAGCUCCCUUUGCCGAAUUGGAUGAGCAGCUGCUGGACUUGAUUGAGAAGAGGAAUACACAAUUACCAGCUACACGACAAGAUAAGCUACCUGCUGUGCCAAAGCGAUGGACAAGAGCAGACGCCGAUGUAGGCGUGUUUAAGACUGGGAGGCCAAACAAACAACAAUACGGUCAAAUGGAAAGACAAAAGCUGGAAUGGGAGAAAGACAGAAGGGAGAAGAGGGGGGAGAGGAGAGUGAUUGUCGAUGAUUGGGCUGCUGCUGCGCUACAAGAUCUUGAAGAGGAGAGGGAUUAUCUUGAGCAAUAUGGUGUUGAAAAGUAUUUUCCAAAGAGUAUUGCUAGGCUGACGGAGUUGUCAAAAUCUGAGGAUAUGCUUACUGCUGGAGGUGAUGCUGCUUGA